AUGAUGAUAGUCCCAGUUUUGUGGAGUGCCGUUUUAAAGUAUUCCAUAUUGAAGGACUCACCAGCUAUGUGCAAUGGUUUGCCGGAGGAGACACAUGACCCGGCAGAAGUAAUAGAGCGCAAGCAACACGCUCUGAUCAAGUCUCUUAUGAAUCUCACGUCGACGCUCGACAACCUCUUGACGGAAAUGGGGAAGUCGUCUAGUGUGGGGACAAAUGAGAAAGGGAAGAACAAGUCCAUCAUUGAUAUUCCGAUCUCUUCUGAGAAACCUGAAGUGUCAGCAAAGGACGACAGCAGAAAGGACAAGGAAGCCAAGAAGGAAGCUCGCAAAGCCGCUAAGGCAGAAGCUAAAAGCAAGGUGGCAUCCGCUCCGUCUAGUACGGCUAAAUCCACAGCUCUAGCUGCUUCUGACCGACAGUGGACGGUUAACGAGGACAAAAGAACGUCGGAAACUGGCCAGUCUCUCACUGCUUGCUUGCCUCAGACAUUUACCAACUUUGGAAGCCAGGGUAGAGUUACUCGCUUCGUUUUGGAGUUCUUAAAGGUCCGGAAAUUUCGUAAGUUGACCGUGAUUAAUUUAGAGUUAGGUGAAAUCGAUCUCACAUUCACGGUGGACGAUCAACCGUGGGUGGAGGCGUUGUCACGUUUGAGCUCAAAAAGGAAUAUAGCUUUCAAGGGCGCUGUGGUAAAUGAUUGCAAAGACCCUUUAACGAUAGUUAACUCAUCACUUGGAGAAAAGUUUUCCGUCGUAUCCUCCUGUGGCACAUUGAAUUGCCGUGUAACCAGUUGGAAACUAUUUGGUGCUGCUUUAGGCAUUUUUUCAUUUGCCCCUAAUCACUCAAUUCAAGCAGCUCACCAGCACAGAUGGCUCCUGAAGGUCGAGUCAGUAUUAGCUGGAAAAUCGACCAAGGAGGACGUAGUACGUGAAGCAAGCCAAUUUCUUUCGCAGUUCGAUGCUCUUGGAUCGCAGUUCAACUUUGGUAUAGCAGAUAUCUGUGUUGAUUGGGGCCUCCAACUCUCCUCUGCCAAACAAUGUCGAGCUGUGGAUGAAGAGACUGAAUUCAGUCAUGUGAAGUUGCGCAGCUUCUGUGCAUUUCAACUGUUGCAUGCAGCUGUGCUACACAUUCGUUCUAGUCCUAAACGAUACCAGGCUUGGGAGAUCGAAAUGCCGUUCAUGCACGGUACGAUGCCGCUUCGGCGGACAUUUUACUAUCUUCUGCAAGGAAAGAUCAAGUUCAGGGAUGAUGUUCAGGUGUUCGCCAUGGGCUUCCAUCGGCAGCCGAAUGAAGAGCAGCGAGGUGCUCGAGAAUUUGUGUUCUGGCACUGGGCUCAACUUCAGUACAAGAAUCCACGGGUACAACUUGUCAAGCACAUCGAUACCGUCAUCACUCCAUUUGCAAGGGCGUAUCUAAAAGAUGGUCGUGAGGUCUUAUUUGAUCUGGAAGGCAUGAAUCGUGAGGAAAUCGAAUCACGAAUUGCAACUACAUUAGGAAAAACCGAGCUGGUCAUGAAAAGAGAGGAUCUAAUGGAAAUAGCAAAGCUGAAUCCGGCUGAUUUCGGUUCCAAGUGCAAGAGACAGUGCAUGUGUGAGGUGCAAGGACAACAUCCAUGUACAGCGCUAUUGCAAGCGCCAAAAUAUAUGACCGGCAAAUGGAGAUGGAAUCACAAUCUGAUAUAG